AUGAGGGAUUCUGACUCAGAUUAUAUUGAAAGUGAAACAUCAUCAGAUAUUUCACUUUUUGAAGGAAAAAAAGGCGAAGAAAAGACUAAAAAGAAGAAAAAACACUCUAAAAAUGCUAAUCAUCGUCUCUCACACUCAAAUUCAGUAAUAAAUUACACUUGGGAGAAGGAAUAUCAUCGUUCAUGGGAUAUUGUUCAGGAAGAUCAGCAAGGAAGCCUUGCAACAACUCUUUUGCAAAUAACACAGGCAGGAAAGCGAAAGAGGAUUCUUCGAGAUGCAAUCCCAUUACAGCGUGGAAUUAUUAGACAUCUUGUUCUUGUACUUGAUCUAACAAUAUCUAUGGGGAAACGAGAUUUAAUUCCAAGCAGAUAUGUUGUUUCUAUUGAUCAAGCAUCUUCAUUUGUUUCUGAAUAUUUUGAGCAAAAUCCUUUGGCUCAAUUAGGAAUUAUUGGUAUGCGUGAUGGCCGUGCUAUAUCCAUUAGUCCUUAUGGAGGAAAUCCUCAUGAGCAUUUGAUGACUUUGAGUCGGUUAAAACAGAUGGAUCCAUCGGGCGAUGCAUCUUUGCAAAAUGCCUUGGAAAUGGCUCGAACAAUUUUAUAUCCUGUUCCAAAACACGGAACAAGAGAAGUUUUGUUAAUUUUUGGUUCAUUAACAUCUUUUGAUCCUGGUGAUAUUUAUGAAACGAUUAAUGUUUUGAUUGAAGAAAAAAUCCGUGUAUAUGUAAUUGGCCUUUCUGCUUCUAUGUCAGUAUGUCAACAAAUAUGUAAAGAAACGAAUGCUGGUGAUGAAUCAUCCUAUGGUAUUGUUCUUAAUGAACAACAUUUUCAUGAUCUUUUAAUGCAAUUUGUUAUACCUCCUGCUUUGAAGAAGUCACAUAAGUUUUUGGAAACAUUGAUUAUGAUGGGUUUUCCUUCUAAAUUAAUUGAAAACGAUGAAACUCUUUGUGCAUGUCAUUCUGAUGUAAUUAAAGAAGGAUAUCUUUGUCCACGUUGUUUUUCUAAAGUUUGUUCACUUCCUAUUAAUUGUCCUUGUUGUGAUCUUACUCUAAUUCUUUCUACGCAUUUAGCACGUUCUUAUCAUCACUUGUUCCCUCUUAAAAAUUGGAUUGAAGUUCCAUGGGAAGAAGCAUAUUCAACUCAUUGUUAUGCAUGUUUAAUACCUUUUCCUGAAAAACAUGAAGUUACUUCAAUCACACAUUCUGUUUCAAUUAGUUCUCGAUAUGCAUGUUCCGAAUGUCAUAAACAUUUUUGUAUUGAUUGUGAUGUCUUUGCACAUGAAAUUUUAUUUGAAUGUAUUGGUUGUCAAUCUACUUUAAAUUAUAAAAAUGAAAAUAAAAAUGUAUAA